AUGGCCACCCAAAUUAGAGAGGGUUAUAGCUACCACAAGGUUUUCAUCACAAAGACCACCACAAUCCAACCAAGAAACCACCCUCCUCUACCCCAUGAGGGCAAAAUCAUCCAACUCUCCAACCUAGACAGAAAGUGUCCUGUGCUCAUGUACUUGGUGUUCUUUUACAGAUCACCACCUCCACCCCACCAAAGCUUGUCACCCCCCUCAUCCUCCCCCCUUUUCCCCUCCUUAAAAAGGGGCUUGGAAGAAGCUCUUUGUGCUUGGUACCCAGCUUCAGGGAGGCUGCUCCUCAACCCUGCCACUGGGAAGCUUGAUCUCAGUUGCACCAACUCUGGUGCACUUUUGGCUGAAGCUGUCACCCAGGUGAAGAUCUCAGAGCUUGGGGACCUCUCUCAGUACAAUGACUUCUAUGAGAAGCUGGUCUACAAGCCUCCCUCCUCUAGCAACUUCUUUGACAUCCCACUUGUUGUUGCUCAGGUUACUAAGAUGGGAUGUGGAGGGUAUGCAGUUGGGGUGGGCACAAACCAUUCUCUCUUUGAUGGGUUGGCAAACUAUGAGUUCUUGAGUGCAUGGGCAUCUAAAGUGGUGGGAAAGAUGGAGCUCACUGAACCAGUCCAUGAGAGAGGUAGGUUGUUACUAAGUCACAGUAAAAUAACCACCCAACAAAGAGGUAGUAAGAUGAGCACAAGAAUCAGUGCCUUUGAUCACCUUCACCAGCUUAUAAAGCAAGCUGCAGCUUCUGUGGACUCCAUUGAUGUUGUUGGAAAAGCUGAAGUGGAGUGCAAGUUUGCAGAGAUGGGCAGCAGCUCAGGCCAAAAGCACUUUUUCCUGAAGACCUUUUCUCUGAGCAGUGGCAUGGUGGAGCUUCUUAAGUGCAAGGCUAGAGCUGGCCUGGGUGCCACUUCUUGUUCUUCUUUUGAGGUGGUUGCUGCACACCUGUGGAAGGCAAGGACUAGAGCUCUUGGAAUAGCAAAGAACAGAAUAGUAUGCCUCCAAUUCACUGUGGACACAAGGUCCAGGAUGGAUCCACCCCUACCCAGAGGGUUCACAGGAAAUGCUUUUGUUCUCUCCUCCAUCUCAUGCACUGCCGAAGAACUCGAACAUCAGACUCUUUCAGCCAUCGUGGAGAAGAUCAAAGAGGCCAAGCGGUCGGUGAACGACGACUACAUCCGCACGUAUCUGGAGGCGCUCGACGCGCCGCAGAGUUCGCUGCCCGGACUGCCCGAGCUCACUAUGGUCUCCGACUGGUCGAGGACGCCAUACCACAAGGUCGACUUCGGGCUCGGGGAGGCGAUUUAUGCGUCGCCAUUGGUUCCGCCUUUCCAACAGGUGGCUUACUUCAUGCAGAGCCCGGUUCAGGCCGGAGGAGUGGAUGUGAGGAUUGGUCUGCAUCAGAAGCAUGUGGCUGCUUUCUCUCACUAUUUCUUAGCUGCAUUGUGACUGAAGUAAUA